UUGCAAUUGCGCCACUGCACUCCGGCCUGGGUGACAGUGAGACUUAGUCUGGAAAAAAAAAAAAAAAAAAAUUAUUUGCUUAUUGUAAAGACGCAGAGGUAGCCAGCCCCGAUCAGGAGUGUCAGAGGAAGUUGUAGAAAGGAGGUGACUUUUUAAGUUGGAUCUUGAAAGAAGAGGGGGCAUGCAUGAGGCAAAGAGAAACAGGACAUUUUUAGCAACGGGAAAAUCAUGCACAGGCAUGUUGGGGAACUGGUUGAGAUGAAUCUGUGUAAAGGUGAACUGGGGCAGCAGCUGCUGCCACCCUUUUUUCUUUUUUUUUUUUUUUUAAUACUACUGAGCUUCUGUGGAGCAGAUUCAAAAGGGUCUCACCAAGCUAAAAGGUUUGGAGUCAUCAGAAGUUUUAACUAGGAGAGUGAUUUUACAUUUGUGUGGAGAAACAUCAUUCAGGUCAGCCUGGGCAACGUUGUGAAACCUCAUCUCUACAGAGAACAUCUUGCAGAAGUCCACAUGGCAAGGAACUGACUGAAGCCUUUGGGUAACAGCUAGGAACUGAGGCCCUAAGUCUAAUAGCCCUCAUAGAACUGAAUUACAGCAAUGACAUCUGCUUGGGACCAAAUUCUUCCCUAUUUGAACCUUCAAAUGAGAGAUACUCUACAUGUGGCCAGUAUCUUGAUUAUAGCCUUUUGAGAGACCCUGAAGCAGAGGAUCCAGUUAAGCCAUGCUGUGAACUUCUGACCCACAGAAACUAUUUUACCUGCAAUACAGUGGAUACAAUUUGUCAUGGCUACUCUGAGUGUUAUAGGUUCAAGUUCACUUAUUGCCUAUGCAGUAUUCCAGAAUGUACAGAAAUCUCCAGAGAUAAGAGCACUUUUUUGCCUGAGCUUCUGUGACCUGCUCCUGGGACUUUGCUGGCUCACAGAGACACUUCUCUAUGGAGCUUCAGUAGCAAAUAAGGACAUCAUCUGCUAUAACCUACAAGCAGUUGGACAGGUAUUCUACAUUUCUUCAUUUCUCUGCACCGUCAAUUACAUCUGGUAUUUGUACACAGAGCUGAGGAUGAAACACACCCAGAGUGGACAGAGCCCAUCUCCACUGGUGAUAGAUUAUACUUGUCGAGUUGGUCAAAUGGCCCUCAUUUUCUCAAGCCUGAUACCUCUGCUAUUGAUGACACCUGUAUUCUGUCUGGGCAAUACUAGUGAAUGUUUCCAAAACUUCAGCCAGAGCCACAAGUGUAUCCUGAUGCACUCACCACCAUCAUCCAUGGCUGAACUCCUACCUUCUUCCAACACAUCUGUCUGUGGCAUACUUUAUUUUUAUGGUAUCACCAUUUUCCUGGGCAGCUUUGUACUCAGCCUCCUUACGAUUAUGGUCUUACUUAUCCAAGCCCAGACAUUGUAUAAGAAGUUUGUGAAGUCAUCUGGCUUUCUGGGGAGUGAACAGUGGGCAGUGAUUCACAUUAUGGACCAGAGAGUGCGCUUCUACCCAGUGGCCUUCUUUUGCUGCUGGGGCCCAGCUGUCAUUCUGAUGAUCAUAAAGCUGACUAAGCCACAGGACACCAAGCUUCACAUGGCUCUUUAUGUUCUCCAGGCUCUAACGGCAACAUCCCAGGGUCUACUCAACUGUGGAGUAUAUGGCUGGACACAGCACAAAUUCCACCAACUAAAGCAGGAGGCUCAGCGUGAUGCAGAUACCCAGACACCGUUAUUAUGCUCACAGAAGAGAUUCUAUAGCAGGGGCUUAAAGUCACUGGAAUCCACCCUUACUUUUCCUACCAGUACUUCCACCAUUCUUUGAAACUACAAUAUUGGAACAUCCAGGAACUGGAGUUAUUCUACACUAAUGGAUUGGAAAGAAUUUUGGGAAAGGACAUCUUAAAUCUUUUCUAACUAUGCUCUGAACUGCAGAACUGAAAGGAAAUAUAGUGCUAUUGUUAGUAGUCAUUCUAAAUGAAUUGGUAGUAUCUCUCCAGUUAUUCCCAGAUUCACUAGUGAUCUUUAAAGUCUCCUCUGUCCAGGGAGAGGAAGACACUUUUCAUCUCAGAGAUAGACUCAUGUUACCUUGAUAUAGAUUAGAUUUGUCUAAGUCUCUUCUAGAAAAAAUAAAUUUCAGAUUAUUAUUUA